ACUCGUCAUCGGCAGUCGGAGUAAAACGGGCAAGAGAUAAAGUAGAGUGAACGGAGCCAUCGCAACCCUUACGGUUUACAAAGAAGGAAUUUUAUUUUUCAUACGCGGCGCAAAUUGGGCAUUUGUAACGAGGAAGUGAAGACUAGCUAAUCGAGAUGACGCGGAUACGGCACAAUAUAGGUCUGCUGGGUUUGGUUUUAAUGUGUCUCACGCUACUGGUGCUGACCGAAGGUGCCAGCAUUCGACAUAAACGAUUACCGGGGAAGUAUCCAUGGUCUAGUUACCGAUGGAUGGGUUCAGACAGAUCACCAAGGAUGGAUGAUGAAGAGUGGGUUGCAAGUGGCCCAAGAUUGCCAAGACGUCCAGAAGUACCAAGACCAGAUCAGGUGGGUGGGCCAAUCACGACAAGGGCCAGUCCAGAUGUCGUCAACCCACAGGCCGACGAAAUGGACCAGAACCCAUUUUUCUCAGAUUGGUAGUUCUGACCGGAAGUGACCUCAAGUCCACAGUCGUCCACUGCAGACUGCCGGGAAGUUCAUAUCAGAAGAUAAAUACUGGGUACAUGCUCCUCGCAUGGACAGGAUUGUUUAUGUUUAUCACUUGGUUUGGGGCAUUGUUGCGCCUUGAUGACGUCAGAGGAGACUAUUAUAAUAUGCAAAAUAGCUAUGACGCAACGACCUCUCAGACGCUGACUUUGAUUUUGUUCCGGCCGAUUAUUUUGUUUACAUCGAUCAGUUGUUAUAUUGUACGGGCCAGGUUCCCAUGGUUCUUGUUUUUUUCGCUUCUAAUAUUUUAAAUCACACUUCUACUUCGCAGUAGGUGAUUUUUCAAAACUGCUAGUAUUAUGUAUCAUGGGAUGUCAAAAAUAAGUGUCCCUAUUUUGACAUUUAAAAAAGAAUGUUAACAUGUUCUUUUAUCUUUUCAAACACACUUGCAUAGAUUUAAAGCUUAGGUGUUUUUUUAUAUCAUAGUUCGUUGUUAACUGCUCAUAAGACAAUGCAGUUUGAUAUAAACGAAUGGGCUAUUUCGCUCCACACCAAACAUUGAAAACUUAUGAAUUAAUUUGAGGGGUAAGAAAAUAUUUGUAUGGUGUUGAACCACGAUAAACAUCUAUCUUCUCUUUAUUGUUUAAAUGAAAAAUCGUAAUUUUGCGAUUUCAAAAUGAACCGACAGAAUAAAAACGUCACUGAGCUUUGAUAACAUGUUCAAGAUAUUUCUCGAAUGCUUCUAACAAGAGUUUCAAAAUAGGGACAUCCUAUUGCGACACCCCGAACGUGGAUUUGAAAACAGGACUAACAAAAACGUUUUUAUUGAACUAAUCGACCACCUCGUGUAAUAUAUACUGUAUUUAUAUCAAGUAAGUUUUUUAUUGGCAAAUUUUGACUGCACCAUAAUGGUAUCGCCAUUUAAUUGAGGAAAAUUUAUUGGAUCAAGCAAAUGAACAAAAGCCACGGGAACCUGGCCCAUGAUAAUAUAUAUGUAGAAACAGGAUGGAUGUAAUACCAUGGUAACAGGACAAAUUUCAACCUAACAAAUCUGGUAGACGCGAGUGAAGCGGGAAGUGAAGUAAACUGUUAACUGAUCGUAAUUAUUAAUGAAAUCGCGGCUAUUCUCCGCGGGUAUUCUGCAGUUGAUUCCUCCAAAUGUAAUAUUUUUAUGUUGAAUAAAGUUAUACGAUAUACAA